AGAAGACCAUGGAUCGUGUACUCGACCGCAGUCUUGACGAAAUACUUGCCGACCGCAAGCAGAACGGCGGGUCGUCUCGUGGCAAUCGAAACCGCAAUAACAGCCGUCGCCGCGAUCGGUCGGACUACCCCAGGGACGGCGUCAGAAAGUCCUUCAGAGACGAUGCACCACGAAAUCUCGACUCCGAGUGGGUCCAUGACAAGUUCGAGGACCAUGGCAGCCGCCGGUCUGCUCCAAGACGACGACACUCACCCGAGCUGGCUAGCGACUCCAGAGGCACAAAGAUCAGGGUGGACAACCUCCACUACGAGCUGACGCAGGAAGAUCUGGAGGGUCUCUUCAACCGCAUCGGCCCCGUCCUUAAGGUUGACAUGAAGUACGACCGAGCGGGCCGCUCCGAGGGCACCGCCUUUGUGACGUAUGAGUCGCACCGCGACGCGGCGCAGGCCAUCAAGGAAUUCGACGGCGCCAACGCCGCCGGCCAGCCCAUCCGCAUGACCCUGCUUCCCUCCGGGCCCGGCGGUGCCCGCCGCAACCCUUUCGAGACCGCCGUGCUCCCCGGCCGGCCCCUCGCCGAACGCAUCACCGUGCCCGACUCGCUACGGAGGAGAUCACGCUCGCCUCGCGGCUCCGACGACGACGAGGAUGCCGCCGCCGCCCGCAGAGGAGGAGGUGGUGAUCGGUACAGGCCUGCUGGCGGCCGCGACUCGCGCAGUCCGUUGCCCGGUAGACGGCGGGAAGGCGGACGGAGGCCUGGUGCUAGACGGGAAGGUGGUGGUGGUGGCGGCGGUAAUGGUGGUGGGAGACGUGGAGAGAGGGGCGAGCGGACUGGUAGAGAUGGACGGCCGAAAAAGACGCAGGAGGAGCUGGAUGCCGAAAUGGAGGACUAUUUUGGCGGUGGUGGAAACGGUGGGAACGCGCAGCAGCAAGCUGGGAGCGGCCCUGCUGCCGUUGCGGGUGGCGCCAAUGGCGUUCAACAACAGCCGCAGCAAGGGGCUGAAGACGAUAUUGACAUGAUUGAGUGAUGGAUUGGGGAUGGCCGUUUCACCUGCAUCUUGGGAUGGUGAGCUAUGAAUAGAGGGAUAUCUGCCAAGGUCUUGUCUUUUGAGUAGGUUCCCUAGGCAUAGCUGUGGGUGGUAUUAUAAAUGGACUGGCUAGGCUGCAUGGGACAACUUUUACUGCUUUGUCGCUUUCUUGCUAAUCUAACACAAGGCAGGCACAGGCAUGAAACGAACACCUGGAACCACCCGCCCCCAGCGUUUUUCAAACUCAUUGAGCCGUUUGGAAGUGUCGGUGAUGUGCUUCGACAUCGGAGAAGCAGAACGACGCGGCUGCC